GUAGGCUUCUGUUUGCUGAUGUCAGGGAAGGAGCUGGCAAUGUGUGGACAGGCAGGAGGGAUUCCUCAGUGGGAAGAAGAUCGUGUCACUUCUGCAACUUGUUGAAUCUACUGCUGAUGCAUGGUUGAAAAGUCUCUGCUCCACUGCUAGUCCUCUGGGUAUCAGCAGAGCUUUUCAAAACUCCAUCUCUAUAAGUGUGCUCCAUGAGACAUCUGCUAGGGAUUGUCUUCGUGGACCCACAUCCACCUGCAGAUCAAACCCCCUGCGUGCUGCUUGAGUCCUGACACCUCCCUCCCUCCUGCUCAUGAAGCAUCUCAAGUUGGGAACACAGGAACCAGAGUUUUGGGCUGAGGACCCAACAGCCAUCAGCUCUCCUCGGGGGAGCAGGUGAAACGAUAGCAUUAUCCUGAUAUCCAAAAUGGUCCUGCACAGCCACCAGCUCACCUGCGCAGGGAUUGCAUUUGCUCUGUGCCUCCAACACCUCAUCAGCGCCAUUGAAGUCCCUCUGGAUUUGCCUCAGCCCCCCACCAUCACCAAGCAGUCUGUGAAGGACUACAUCGUUGACCCCCGGGACAACAUCUUCAUUGAAUGUGAAGCCAAAGGGAAUCCAGUUCCCACCUUUUCCUGGACACGGAACGGGAAGUUCUUCAACGUGGCAAAGGACCCCAAAGUGUCCAUGCGGAGGCGGUCGGGGACGUUGGUCAUUGAUUUCCAUGGAGGUGGGCGACCAGACGACUACGAGGGCGAGUACCAGUGCUUCGCCAGGAACGAUUUUGGCACUGCACUGUCCAGCAAAAUCCACCUCCAGGUGUCCAGAUCUCCCCUGUGGCCCAAGGAGAAGGUGGAUGUCAUUGAGGUUGACGAAGGUUCUCCACUCAGCCUGCAGUGCAACCCACCUCCUGGUCUGCCUCCUCCUGUCAUCUUCUGGAUGAGCAGCUCCAUGGAGCCCAUCCACCAGGACAAGCGUGUCUCCCAGGGCCAGAAUGGUGACCUGUACUUCUCCAAUGUCAUGCUGCAGGAUGCCCAGACUGACUACAGCUGCAAUGCACGCUUCCACUUCACCCACACCAUCCAACAGAAAAAUCCCUACACCCUCAAGGUGAAAACCACCCGAGGGGUUACAGAAACAACACCCAGCUUCAUGUACCCAUAUGGGACCUCCAGCAGCCAGAUGGUGCUCCGAGGGGUGGAUCUCUUGCUGGAGUGCAUUGCAUCAGGAGUACCAGCACCAGACAUCAUGUGGUACAAGAAAGGAGGUGAGCUCCCAGCGGGCAAAACCAAGCUGGAAAACUUUAAUAAGGCCCUUCGUAUCUCCAACGUCUCGGAGGAAGACUCUGGGGAGUAUUUCUGCCUGGCAUCCAACAAGAUGGGCAGCAUCCGCCACACGAUCUCGGUGAGAGUGAAGGCUGCCCCGUAUUGGCUGGAUGAGCCACAAAAUCUCAUUUUGGCCCCUGGUGAGGAUGGCAGGUUGGUGUGUCGAGCCAAUGGGAACCCCAAGCCUUCAAUCCAGUGGUUGGUGAAUGGAGAGCCCAUUGAAGGUUCUCCACCCAACCCAAGCAGAGAGGUGGCUGGAGAUACCAUUGUGUUUCGAGACACGCAGAUCGGCAGCAGCGCCGUGUACCAAUGCAAUGCUUCCAACGAGCACGGCUACCUCCUUGCCAAUGCCUUUGUCAGUGUCCUGGAUGUGCCACCACGGAUACUGGCCCCUCGCAACCAGCUCAUCAAAGUCAUCCAGUACAACAGGACCCGGUUGGACUGCCCCUUCUUUGGCUCACCCAUCCCCACCCUGCGAUGGUUUAAGAACGGCCAAGGGAACACGCUGGAUGGAGGGAACUACAAAGCACAUGAGAACGGGAGCUUGGAGAUGAGCAUGGCUCGGAAGGAGGAUCAGGGCAUCUACACCUGUGUUGCCACCAACAUCCUGGGCAAAGCAGAGGCCCAGGUUCGCCUGGAAGUCAAAGACCCCACCAGGAUUGUGAGAGGCCCCGAAGAUCAGGUGGUGAAGAGGGGCUCCAUGCCUCGCCUGCACUGCCGCGUGAAGCACGACCCAACGCUGAAGCUGACGGUCACCUGGCUGAAGGACGACGCUCCUCUCUACAUUGGGAACAGGAUGAAGAAAGAAGAUGAUGGUCUGACGAUAUACGGCGUGGCUGAGAAGGAUCAGGGUGAUUACACCUGCGUGGCCAGCACGGAGCUGGACAAGGACUCAGCUAAAGCCUACCUCACCGUGCUAGCAAUCCCUGCUAACCGUUUGAGAGAGUUACCUAAAGAGCGACCCGACCGGCCCCGGGACCUGGAGCUGUCAGACCUGGCUGAGAGGAGCGUGAAGCUGACAUGGAUUCCUGGAGAUGACAACAACAGUCCCAUCACAGACUACAUCGUCCAGUUUGAGGAGGACCGAUUCCAGCCUGGCACGUGGCACAACCACUCCAGGUAUCCUGGAAAUGUCAACUCGGCCGUCCUGAGCCUCUCUCCUUAUGUCAACUACCAAUUUCGGGUGAUUGCAGUGAACGACGUGGGCAGCAGCCUGCCCAGCAUGCCUUCAGAACGAUACCAGACCAGCGGGGCACGACCUGAAAUUAACCCAACGGGAGUUCAAGGAGCAGGGACCCAAAAAAACAACAUGGAGAUAACCUGGACGCCUCUGAAUGCAACGCAAGCCUAUGGGCCCAACCUGCGUUACAUCGUGCGAUGGAGGCGGAGGGACCCGCGUGGGAGUUGGUACAACGAGACAGUGAAGGCACCACGGCACGUCGUCUGGAACACACCCAUCUACGUCCCCUACGAGAUCAAAGUGCAGGCAGAGAAUGACUUUGGUAGAGCACCAGAGCCUGAGACCUACAUCGGCUAUUCAGGGGAAGAUUAUCCCAAGGCUGCACCUACGGAUGUUAGGAUAAGAAUUCUAAACAGCACUGCCAUUGCUCUGACAUGGACCCGCGUGCACCUGGACACCAUCCAGGGACAGCUUAAGGAGUACAGAGCCUAUUUCUGGAGAGACAGUAGUUUGCUGAAGAACCUGUGGGUCUCCAAAAAAAGACAGUAUGUGAGUUUUCCUGGAGACAGAAACCGGGGCAUAGUGUCCCGGCUGUUCCCUUACAGCAACUACAAGCUUGAGAUGGUUGUAACCAACGGGAGAGGCGAUGGGCCCCGCAGCGAAGUCAAGGAGUUCCCCACACCUGAAGGAGUGCCCAGCUCCCCCAGGUACUUAAGAAUCCGACAGCCAAAUCUGGAAAGCAUCAAUUUGGAGUGGGAUCACCCAGAACAUCCCAAUGGAGUCCUCACGGGAUACAACCUUAGAUAUCAAGCCUUUAACGGAUCCAAAACGGGCAGAACCCUGGUAGAGAACUUCUCUCCCAACCAGACAAGGUUCACCGUGCAGAGGACAGACCCCAUCUCGCGCUAUCGAUUCUUCCUGCGUGCUCGGACACAGGUGGGAGAUGGAGAAGUCAUAGUGGAAGAGUCACCAGCACUGCUGAAUGAAGCCACGCCAACCCCAGCCUCCACCUGGUUGCCUCCACCUACAACCGAGCUAACUCCAGCAGCCACCACUGCCACCACCACCGCCACCCCUACUACUGAAACCCCUCCUACUGAAAUCCCUACUACUGCCAUCCCUACCACCACCACUACUACAACCACCACAGCUGCCAGCACCGUCGCAAGCACUACAACAACUGCAGAGAGGGCUGUGGCAGCCACCACAAAACAGGAGCUGGCCACCAAUGGAUCGUCCAUAUGGGACAUAAGAGCUUGGGCUAAUAGUAACUGGGCAAACAUCACCUGGAGCCACAAUUACUCUGCAGGAACUGACUUUGUGGUUAAGUAUAUCACCAGUAACAAGACAGAGAAAUCUAUCCCCGUUAAAGCUCAGACCCCCUCCUCUGUGCAGCUGGCCAAUCUGACGCCGGGGAUGGUGUACAAGCUGUGGGUGUUCCCCAUAUGGUCUAGCCCCAGCGAGCACUCGUACAUAACCUUUACCACCAGCUCAGCCUACACCAAGAACCACGUGGACAUCGCAACCCAGGGCUGGUUCAUUGGGCUGAUGUGUGCCAUCGCUCUCCUGGUCCUCAUUCUGCUGAUUGUUUGCUUCAUUAAGAGGAGCAGAGGAGGGAAAUACCCAGUGCGUGACAACAAAGAUGAGCACCUGAAUCCCGAAGACAAGAACGUAGAAGAUGGCUCAUUUGACUACAGUGAUGAAGACAACAAGCCACUGCCCAACAGCCAGACAUCCCUGGAUGGCACGAUAAAGCAGCAGGAGAGCGACGACAGCUUGGUGGACUACGGAGAGGGUGGGGAAGGGCAGUUCAAUGAGGACGGCUCCUUCAUUGGCCAGUACACAGUGAAAAAGGACAAGGAGGAGACAGAAGGCAACGAGAGCUCAGAAGCCACAUCCCCAGUCAAUGCUAUCUAUUCAUUAGCAUAACGCACUGCAAUGGGACCACGAACAGCCUAUGGGGCUUGUAGUGGCUGGGGGUUAAAGAGCCACCACCACCACUGCCUCCAACUCAACAUAAGAAUGAAAACCAACCAAUGACACACACACACACAAAAAAAAAAAAAAAAAAAAAAAAGAAAGAAAGAAAAAAAGGAAAAAAAAAAAAAAAAGAAAAAAAUAGAAAAAAAUAAUCCAAGCAAACAGGCAGACCAGGUUGCUGCCAAUGCCAUCUUAUCCUUAGCAAACAAGUAAAUGGCAAGGACUCCC